CCUCUUGUUUGACAUGUAAUACACUCGUGUCUACCUGAUAGAAAAUUUUCUCUCCCUCCUCUCUCUGCGUGUAUGCGUAUAUGUAUAUAUAUCUUCUUGUUCGUUUACAGAAGUCACCCAUCAGCAGAUAGAGAGAAGGAGAGAGAUUAAAGAGAGAGAACUGCGGAAGCAGUGCAUCAAUGGAAGUUUUCACGCGGUUUAACAGGUUUCUCUUUCUCUCUGUUCUGCUUUUAUCUUCUUCCUCAUCCGAUCUGUAUAUCUCCGGUCGUGAGCUUCAAAAUCUGAGAGAGAAGACCUCUGAUAAUUACAAUAUUUCAUCUCCAUCGCCAUUUCCUUCGAACUUUCUCUUUGGCACUGCCUCUUCUUCUUACCAGUUUGAAGGUGCUUAUCUGAGUGAUGGUAAAGGCUUGAGCAACUGGGAUGUUUAUACCCAUAAACCAGGUCAUAUAGUUGAUGGAAGCAAUGGAGAUAUAGCUGUAGAUCAUUAUCAUAGAUACCUGGAAGACAUUGAUCUCAUGCAUUCACUUGGAACCAACAGCUAUAGAUUCUCAAUAUCAUGGGCAAGAAUUUUACCCAAGGGGAGAUUUGGAGGUGUUAAUAUGGCAGGCAUCAAUUUCUAUGACAAACUCAUCAAUGCCCUCCUGGUUAAAGGGAUCCAACCAUUUAUCACAUUAAGUCACUUCGAUUUUCCUCAAGAAAUGGAGGAUAGAUAUGGAAGCUGGUUAAGCCCUGAGUCACAGGAUGAUUUCGGGUAUUAUGCAGACAUCUGCUUCAGAUUCUUCGGAGACAGGGUGAAGUAUUGGGCAACCUUCAACGAGCCAAAUUAUCAAGUUCUUUUAGGUUACCAAUCCGGUAAAUUCCCACCAUCUCGUUGCUCGUUGCCUUCUGAAAAUUGCAGUCAAGUGAAUUCGGAAAAAGAAACCUUCAUCGCAGCCCAUAAUAUCAUUUUAUCACAUGCAACAGCUGCUGAUAUCUACAGGAAAAAGUAUCAGGAAAAGCAAGGCGGCAGCAUUGGGAUUGUUUUACAUGCUCUGUGGUUUGAACCCAUAAGCAACUCCACAGCUGAUAAAUUAGCAGCUGAAAGAGCCUGGUCCUUCUUUUUUAACUGGUUCUUGGACCCAAUUAUAUUUGGGAAAUACCCGUCAGAGAUGGAGAACAUUAUUGGAUCACUAUUGCCACAAUUUUCAAGCAAAGAAUUAGAUAAACUAAGGGCAGGCUUGGAUUUCAUCGGCAUCAAUCAAUAUACAGGUGUAUAUGUUCAAGACUGCCUUUACUCUGUGUGUGAACCAGGAACCGGAGCGUCCAAGGUUGAAGGAUUUGCCCAACAAAGCAAAGAAAAAGAUGGUGUCCCCAUUGGAGAACGUACGGAUGUGGAGUGGCAAUAUAUAUAUCCUCCAGGAAUGCAGAAGAGUGUCAACUAUGUAAAAGAGAGAUACAAUAACACGCCCAUGUUCAUCACAGAAAAUGGGCUUGGUGAGAUGCACAGUCCAAACUCCCCCAUUGAGAACUUUCUUAAUGACGUUAGAAGAGAGAAGUUUAUGGCCGACUACUUGGAUUCCCUGCAGACAUCAAUGAGAGAAGGUGCAGAUGUGCGGGGUUACUUUGCCUGGUCCUUGCUAGACAACUUUGAAUGGAGAUUUGGAUAUACUGUAAGGUUUGGACUUCACCAUGUUGAUUAUGCUACACAGAGAAGAACUCCUAAAAAGUCCGCAACAUGGUAUAAACAGUUCAUAGCAAAACAGAGAACAACCAGGUCCCAGAAGCAAUAGCAUGCUCAACAAGAACAAUCUUGGGAUAAAAUCAUAAUAAGUGUGCUUGUUUGUAACCCAUAAAUGACAAUAACAUGCUCUCGCAUGACAUCCUCAGACGUUUCUUAAUUGUUGAAAACUGAAUCAUACUUAGAAAACAAGCAAACUAUAAUAAAAUGGAUAAACAGUGGCUCUA